UUUAGGCUUUACUUUGUGUUUUAUACUUUAAAUGAUUUCUAUUUAUGUUUGUAAAUAAAGAAUUAAAAAUAUUAUAACAAUUUUAUUUAGUCUUGUAGUAUUUAUAAAUAGUGUUAAUUAUGGCUCAAUCUCAUUUUUCAUUGUCAUGGGAUGCGUUUCCGACGAAUAUUUGCAACGGCUUGAGUGCUCUUCAACAGAAUGGAGACUUUGUGGAUAUGACCCUGGCUGCGGACGGCCAUUUUGUCAAAGUGCAUCAAGUUAUAAUGGCCCUCGCUAGUCCGUUCAUAAAAGAUAUUCUCAGUUCUAUGACAUGUACACAUCCUGUCAUAUUUUUAAAUAAAAUAUCCUACACAACAUUAAGGUCCAUACUUGAAUAUAUAUAUACAGGAGAAGUGCUGGUGCCCUGCGACCACCUCAGUGAGUUAAUACAAGCUGGACGGGAGCUACACAUUAAAGGACUUGAGGAUAUGAAUAUGCACACAAAUUCGGAGUCAAAAGAGCGCCUAUUGAACAAUACAACCGUGGACUCAAUGGAUGAAGAGAUUUGUUAUUUCGAAAUAGCCGAACCAAAAAGUGUGGAAUCCAAAUCUAAUGUAUCGGAUAUUGUAAGCACAACUAAAUUAGAAGAGAUAACAGUUGAAGAGCAUUACGGUGACGGCGCAGAGGAAUAUAACGUUAACGACACAAUCAUGUCAACGAACGAACCGACCAGCGACAAGAUAGAGAAUGUUGUUACUUGUAAAAAAGUUGACCCAAGCAACGUGAGCGUGAUGCAGUACACGGUGUCGAACCAGGGCUCGUUGCAGAUGAUACUGAACCGGUUCGUGUACUACCUGAAACACACGAACAGGAACAACACGCGGCAGUGGCGCUGCGUGGACUACGUCAGCAGCAUCAAGUGUCCCGCGCACGUUGUCACCAGGGGAGACAUCGUACUACAGAGGAUCUCAGUACACACACAUCCGUUCCACGACAAAAAGAUAUUAAAAAAAGUGAAAAAUGGCGCCGUAUUCUCAGCGUUAACGGACGCGGAGCGAGAAGGCAACCAAAAGAGACGAGCAUACGUGUCCAGUGUAGAUAAUUAGUAGAAUUAAAUAGUAUACUUCUAUAUUCGUUGUAUUAUUAAUUUUACCAAGUUA